AUGAUUCACGACCCCAUCAGGAUUGCCUGUGCUGGCCUGGCCGUGUCCGUGCUCUUCGGCACCACCGCGGCAAGCAGCAUCCCUCCCGGCCCCUUUCAGCGCAGCGCUGCCGGCAUGACCUGCAGCCGUUCGGGCAGCUGUGCCGAGGCCAAGGCCAAGCCCAUCUUUGACGUGCUCGACGAGUUCUUGGACGCUUUGCGUGUGCUCCAGGGCGACUACUUUGAGCUGUGGCUGGGAACCUGGCCCCAGGCAAUCGACUGGACAGCAGCCGUAACCGGAACCCACGUGGCUGGCGCUCUCAGCUCGCUCUCCAGCACUCUGCCCGUCCACGACGACGAUGCUCGUGCCAAGGAGAAUCUUAUCACGACGUACUUCUCCCAGCUCUUGAGCUACUACUUUGGCCAGGAUGCCUUUGCCAUCCGCAACGAGGCGUACGAUGACAUGCUCUGGGUCGUUCUGGGCUGGCUGGAACUCAUCGAGUUUAUCAACUACCACACCCUGAUCUACCUCCAGUCCGAUGUCCCCGCAACAGUCGCUUCCACCAUCUAUCCGAGCCAGGAUGUCUCGGAGAUUCUGCGGAACCAGACCUGGUACGGCAACCUGUGGACCCCUGCCUUCUCUCACCGCGCCCGCAUCUUCUGGGAUCUUGCCUCGCGGGGCUGGAACACCACGCUUUGUGGAGGCGGCAUGUUGUGGAACCCGCGCCUGGAGCCUUACAAAAACUCGAUCACCAAUGAGCUGUUUAUUGCCUCGUCCGCAUCCAUGUACCUCUAUUUCCCCGGUGACCCAAACCCGUCGCCGUUUUCGAGUGACCGCGACCCACGGGUCAGGGAUCCCGCCAAAGACCAGCAAGGCUCGCGUGAACCGCACGAGAAGAAGCACUUGCAGGCUGCACUUGACGCAUACGACUGGCUGGCCAGCUCGGGCAUGAUGAACCGCCAAGGCCUCUACAUAGAUGGCUUCCACAUCAACGGGUGGAGCAAUGCGUCCAACCCCAAUACCAAGUGCGACGUCCGCAACGAAAUGGUCUACACGUACAACCAGGGCGUUGUCUUGACCGGCCAGGUUGGCCUGUGGAAGGCCACCGCAGACGAGAGGUUCUUGGACGACGGCCAUGCGCUGAUACAGUCUGUCAUCCGGGCAACCGGCUACGACCUCGGGCGGGACCGGCCUGUCGACAACAUUGAUGCUUUGAAGCCCGGCCAAUUGCCACCUUGGCACGGUCUUGGCCGUGCUGGCGUCUUGGAGGAGCAGUGCGAUAUCUCCGGCGAAUGCUCCCAGGACAGCCAGACGUUCAAGGGCAUCUACUUCCACCAUCUGUCGGCCUUCUGCGCACCAUUGGACGCGGUCGCGGCCGAGGAAAGCCAGACAUCAGUCAACCAUCGCAAUGCCUGUGUCUCCUACUUGGGCUGGAUCCGACACAAUGCCGCAGCAGCUCUCGCCACCAAGGACUCUGACGGCAAGUUCGGCAUGUGGUGGACGGCUGGCCUGCUAGACAUAUCCGCUGCUUCUCUGGAUGGCAUGUCGCCAAAAUGGUCGUCAGACAGCAGCUGUGUCGAUUAUCGGACGUAUGGCGUGCCCGAUGACACAACUUGGACGUCUGUCCCCGUCCAAGGAGCUCCGGCGCCCGACCCUUAUGAGGAGCAACGGCCAUUGAUGGGCGGGUCGUCCAGAGGUGCCACACGAGCCCAUAGAAAUGGGCGCCGCACAACGACGAGAGCCCUCGCGGAUCCCAAUACACGGGGCCGCGGCCGGACAGUCGAGACGCAGGGAGGCGGUCUUGCCGUCCUUCGGACCCUGUGGGAGAUCACCAACCUAGCGAAUAGAUAA